CCCCCGUGACGAUGUUGCCUCAGGUCUUCGUGCUCUCCGCCAAGGGUGACCGCCUCCUUUACAAGGACUUCCGCGGCGACGGCGACUCCGAGCUGGUCGACACCUUUUGCCAGAAGAUCGCCGCGCUGCAGGGGGACCAGGCGCCCGUUUUCAUGAAGGCGAGCCAGAGACUCCACUUUGCGCACGUGCGCCACGCCGGGCUGUACUUCGUGGCGACGGUGCUGCCCAGCGCCUCUCCCUUUGCAGCUGUCGAGUUCCUCAACCGGCUGGUGACUCUCCUGCGCGACUAUUGCGGCUCUCUGAGUGAGAAGACGGUCAGCCUGAACUUUGCGCUCAUCUACGAGCUCCUGGAUGAGCUCUUGGAUUAUGGCUACAUCCAGACAACAGCGCCUGACGUGCUGAAGAACUUCAUCCAGAUGGAGCCUGUGCUCAGCCAGCCCUUCAGCCUUCUUGACCUCAGUACAGUGGGCCUGUUUGGAGCAGAUACACAGCAAAGCAAGGUGGCCCCCAGUUGCGCAGCUGCCCGUCCUGUCCUGUCCCUGCGGGGGGAACAGAGUUCGCGGCCAGAGGUCUUCCUGGACGUAGUGGAGCGUCUCACGGUCAUCAUUGCAGCCAACGGAACCCCCAUGAAGACUGACAUCCAAGGGGAAAUCCGCCUCAAGAGUUUCUUUCCUGGCUGCUCCGAGAUGCGGGUUGGCCUCACUGAAGAGUUUUGUGUGGGCAAGACUGAGCUGCGAGGCUACGGCACUACAGUGCGGGUGGACGAGUGCUCCUUCCACAGCUCCGUCAAGCUGGACGAAUUUGAGCGCAGCCGCAUCCUCCGCGUGAACCCCAGCCAAGGGGAGCUGACCCUGAUGCAGUACCAGCUGGUGGACGACACCCCUGCGGCCUUGCCCUUCCAUCUUUUCCCCACCAUCAACUACAACCCCAAUGGCCGAGUGCAGAUCUACCUCAAGCUUCGCUGUGACUUGUCACCAAAAAGCCACGCAGUGAACAUCCACCUCCACUUGCCUGUACCUAAGGCCACUCUAAGCCUCUCCCAGGAGCUCAGCAGUCCUGAGCAGUCCGCCACCUUCCAGCCCUCCACAAAGUCCAUCGAGUGGGUCAUUCCCAGAGUCCAAGGUGGCUCCCAGCUCUCAGCCCUUUUCAAGCUGGAGGUGCCAGGGCCGAGCCGGGCGCGGCUGCUGGAGGUGGGCCCCGCCAACCUCUCCUUUGAGGUGCCAGCACACACGUCUUCUGGUCUGCAGAUCCGUUUCCUGCGCUUUGUGGGGCCGCACCCGAGCCUCCCUCACCGCUGGGUGCGCUAUGUGACCCACAGCGAUUCCUAUGUCAUCCGCCUCAGCGCAGGCUAGAUGCAUUAGGGCCCGACCAUGCAACAUCCCUCGCCGGCCCCCGUCAAAGCAGCCUCUUUGCAGGCACCCAAAGUUGUCCGUAAACAGUUUUAUUUCUCAGCCAACAGCUCCACAAAACCCAAUCAAGAAGGAACAGCAGAACAGAAAUAGCAGAAUGGAAAGUGUCCCACAAGUGAGAGGAGCUGAGGCAAAACCUCAAGUGCUACACAACGAAAACUGUCCCUGAGAAAUGGGGGCAAGGAGAGCCCCCUAAGGCACCAAAACCAGAUCGUCAAUUAGACAAACAGCACUG